GACUUCAAUCUAACCCGUUUUUGUUUGGUCUUGCAGUCUCAUCGUAAGUUCAGCGCGCCGCGACAUGGCUCGAUGGGAUUCUACCCGAAGAAGCGUUCCCGCCGCCACCGUGGUAAGGUGAAGGCCUUCCCCAAGGACGACCCUAGCAAACCCGUCCACCUGACCGCCUUCAUCGGCUACAAGGCCGGUAUGACCCACGUGGUGCGUGAGGCUGAUAGGCCUGGAUCAAAGAUCAACAAGAAAGAGAUUGUGGAGGCAGUGACCAUCCUGGAGACGCCCCCAAUGGUUGUUGUUGGAGUGAUCGGCUACCUGGAGACCCCCCAUGGUCUGCGCUCUCUGGUCACUGUGUGGGCCGAGCACUUGUCUGAGGAUUGCAGACGUCGCUACUACAAGAACUGGUACAAGUCAAAGAAGAAGGCGUUUACCAAGGCCUCGAAGAAGUGGCAAGACGAGAGAGGAAAGAAGUCCAUUGAAAACGACUUCAGGAAAAUGUUGAAGUACUGCAAGGUCAUUCGUGUCAUUGCUCACACUCAGAUCAAGCUGCUGAAGAAGAGGCAGAAGAAGGCUCACAUCAUGGAGAUCCAGGUGAACGGAGGAUCAGUGGAGGACAAGGUGAAGUGGGCUCGUGAACAUCUGGAGAAGUCCAUCCCAGUCAACAACGUGUUCUCGCCCGAUGAGAUGAUUGACGUCAUUGGAGUCACCAAGGGCAAGGGAUACAAGGGUGUGACGUCUCGUUGGCACACAAAGAAGCUGCCGCGUAAGACGCACAAGGGUCUGCGCAAGGUGGCCUGUAUCGGCGCCUGGCAUCCGAGUCGCGUGCAGUUCACAGUGGCGCGUGCCGGUCAGAAGGGCUACCAUCACCGCACUGAGAUCAACAAGAAAAUCUACCGCAUCGGCCAGGGCAUUCACACCAAGGAUGGCAAGGUGAUCAAAAACAACGCCUCAACCGAGUACGAUCUUUCUGAGAAGACGAUCACCCCUAUGGGAGGAUUCCCCCACUAUGGUGAAGUGAACAACGACUUUGUCAUGCUCAGGGGAUGCUGUAUGGGACCCAAGAAGAGGGUCAUCACUAUGCGCAAGUCGCUGUUGGUGCACACAAAGCGUGUUGCUUUGGAAAAGAUCAACCUGAAGUUCAUCGAUACUUCGUCGAAGUUCGGCCACGGUCGGUUCCAGACGGCGGCUGACAAGUCUGCGUUCAUGGGUCCGCUCAAGAAGGACCGCAUCCGCGAAGAGAUGGCCGCCGCCGCAGCUGCUGCCUCCUCAUCGCAGCCAACCGCCACUCAGGCCUAGGACCGCCGCGUCGCUGUUUUGUUUUAUAAAAGAUGAACAAUAAAAUGGAAAAUUGAA